AUGGCAUUGGCGUUCGAUGAAUAUGGUCGGCCGUUCAUUAUACUAAAAGAGCAGGAUCAGAAGACUCGGUUGCGAGGUCUGGAUGCGCAGAAGGCCAACAUUUCAGCCGGCAAAGCAGUGGCUCGUAUCCUCCGGACCUCACUCGGACCCAAAGGCAUGGACAAGAUGCUCCAGAGCCCCGACGGUGACGUCACCAUCACAAAUGAUGGUGCAACAAUCUUGGAGCAGAUGGACGUUGACAAUCAGAUUGCGAAGCUAAUGGUUGAAUUAUCACGAAGUCAAGACUAUGAAAUUGGUGAUGGAACAACUGGAGUUGUUGUCAUGGCUGGUUCCCUUCUAGAACAAGCUGAGAAGUUAUUAGAACGUGGUAUUCAUCCUAUCCGGGUCGCGGAAGGAUAUGAAAUGGCUUCUAGGAUAGCUUUUCAACAUCUGGAGAAUGUAGCCGAUAAAUUCGAAUUUGAUGCUACAAAUAUAGAACCUCUGAUUCAAACUUGCAUGACUACUUUAUCAUCCAAGAUUGUUAAUCGAUGCAAGCGUAGUUUGGCAGAGAUUGCUGUCAAAGCAGUGCUAGCUGUUGCUGAUUUAGAGAGGAAGGAUGUUAACUUAGAUCUAAUUAAAGUAGAAGGGAAAGUAGGUGGAAAGUUGGAGGAUACUGAACUGAUAUAUGGAAUUGUUGUCGAUAAAGAUAUGAGCCAUCCACAGAUGCCAAAGCAAAUUGAGGAUGCAAAAAUUGCUAUUUUGACUUGUCCUUUUGAGCCACCAAAGCCAAAGACUAAGCAUAAGGUUGACAUUGAUACAGUGGAAAAAUUCCAAACACUACGUCAACAGGAGCAGAAGUACUUUGAUGACAUGGUUCAAAAAUGCAAGGAUGUUGGCGCUACCUUGGUUAUCUGCCAGUGGGGUUUUGACGAUGAGGCAAAUCACUUACUGAUGCAUAGAAACUUGCCUGCUGUUCGAUGGGUUGGUGGUGUUGAGUUAGAGCUGAUAGCCAUAGCCACAGGUGGGAGGAUUGUGCCAAGAUUUCAAGAGUUGACCCCAGAAAAACUAGGCAGAGCUGGUUUGGUUCGAGAAAAAGCAUUUGGUACUACUAAAGAUCGAAUGAUAUACAUUGAGCAUUGUGCAAAUUCAAGGGCUGUGACCAUAUUUAUACGCGGUGGUAACAAGAUGAUGAUAGAGGAAACCAAACGGAGUCUUCAUGAUGCUUUAUGUGUUGCUCGGAAUCUGAUUCGCAACAACUCCAUAGUAUAUGGUGGUGGAUCAGCUGAGGUUUCUUGCUCAAUUGCAGUGGAAGCAGCUGCUGAUAAAUACCCAGGAGUUGAGCAGUAUGCAAUCAGGGCAUUUGCAGAUGCUUUAGAUGCAAUUCCCAUGGCGCUGGCUGAGAAUAGUGGUCUCCAACCCAUCGAAACUCUUUCUGCCGUUAAAUCUCAACAGAUUAAGGAAAACAACCACUGCUGUGGUAUCGACUGCAAUGAUAUUGGAACAAAUGACAUGCGCGAGCAAAAUGUCAUUGAGACGUUGAUUGGGAAACAACAGCAGAUUCUUCUUGCAACUCAAGUUGUUAAAAUGAUUCUGAAGAUUGAUGAUGUUAUCUCAUCAUCUGAUUAUUAA